AUGCCAGAAUAUACCGAAAUCGACAUCCAAAAUGCGCUCCAGGAAGUCCGCGAAGGCGUGCCCGUGCGGACUGCUGCCGGGCGACAUGGCAUACCAGUCUCAACCCUCCGUGGCCGCAUUUCCGGCGCUCAAAGUCACGAUUCGAGUCAUGAACACUUCCAGAAGCUCUCAGCAGAGCAGGAAAAGCACCUCGCUGCUUGGAUCAUAGCCCAAGACGACCUAGGCUUCGCACCGAGUCACGCCCAGGUUAUCAACUUUGCAGGGCGUAUCGCCCGACUCAACGGCAAUGAGGAACCUAUUGGGGUUUACUAG